AUGCAUCUGCAAGCUCUUACCGGUCUAGCCACAUUGGCUGUCACUGCGGCCUCUCAGACCCUCUGGUCUCGAGACGUUGACUACAAGGCGCUUAGCAAGGAGCUGUCAGCCUCUGCAAAGGUCUACUUCCCUGGCACCGAGGACUUUGAAGCUGCUUCGAAGCGUUGGUCCAACCUUGAUACGCCAACCGCCAACAUUGUCGUUGUUCCCGCCACUGAGAACGAUGUCGUUGAGAUUGUCAAGUUUGCCAACAAGAAGAACCUGCCCUUCCUGGCCCAGAACAGUGCUCAUGGAGCGAUCACCACUCUGGGGCAGAUGAAGCAGGGUAUCGAGAUUUAUCUCAACCAGCUCUCUGGUGUCAAGAUCGCCAAAGAUGGAAAGAGUGUCACCAUUCUUGGUGGAACCGCAUCCAAGAAAGUGACCAUGGGUCUUUGGGAGGCUGGAAAGCAGACAGUCACUGGCUGCUGUGAAUGUGUGGGCUAUGUCGGUCCAGCCCUCGGCGGAGGCCAUGGUUGGCUUCAGGGUCGUCACGGUCUCAUUGCCGACCAGUUCGAGUCAAUGAACAUUGUUCUCUCCAACGGUACUCUUGCCACUGUUGACGAGAACUCUGAGCUGUGGUGGGCUCUCAAGGGAGCUGGCCACAACUUUGGCAUUGUCACUUCAGUCACUUCCAAGACUUACGAUGCCAAGUUCAAGAACUGGGCAUUUGCUAGCUUGACCUUCAAGGGCGAGAAGGUUGAGGAGCUGUACGAGACCAUCAAUAAGUACAUCCUCAAGAAUGGCACACAGCCUACCGACCUGAUUAACUGGUCUUACUGGUUCAACAUUCCCGCUUUGGAUCCCACUGGUCCUAUUGUCCAGAUCCUCCUCAUGCAAGAGGGCGUUGACGUAGUCGACAAGGCAUACACUGAUCCCUUCCAGAAACUAAAGCCCCUCGCAGUUGACGCGAAGAAGGGUGUCUACACAGAUCUUGCCAAAUGGGUCGGGGUGACCACUGAGGAUGGCCCCUGCCAGAAGAACGGAGCCAUGAACCCCCGUUUCCCCAUUUACCUCGAGACAUACAACCCAGCCGCGCAGAAGAAGGCCUUCAACUACUUUGCCGACAACAUCCGAGGCGACUCUAUCUUCAAUGGCUCGCUGGUCACUUUCGAUGGUUACUCCACUGAAGGCGUCAAGGCUGUUGACUCCAAGAGCACCGCUUUCGCAUACCGAAACCAGAACAUUCUUGUGGGCCCGUUGUUGAGCUACCAGUCCAACGGAACUGCCACGGAUGAGAAGGCUUCUGAGAUUGGCCACAAGAUCCGAGACAUUCUGCACGAGGGAACUGGGCGUAGCACUGUCCCUGUCUAUGUCAACUAUGCUUUCGGCGAUGAGGGUCCGAAAGAGUGGUACGGAAGCGAGGCCUGGAGACAGAGCCGCCUGCAGGAGUUGAAGGAGGCUUAUGAUCCCAUGGGAAUGUUUAGCUUCUACGCUCCCAUUGCCUAG